GCUCGCUGGCAAAAAGUGACAUUUAUUUUAGCCGUAUUGAAAUAACAGUGAAAAUUUUUUUGAUGGUAGCGAAAAAAAUACAUUUUCCUCUAAAAUGUAUCAGGAUAUUCAACAAAAUUAAUUGAAUGUUACGCAAAACAUCGCUGCAUGCAAGAAAUGGAUAAAAAUAAAUCACCUAAUCGUCGCGCAAAACGUCAAUCUAAAGUUGUUGAAGAAAACUUUUGGGACUGCAGUGUUUGCACCUAUCGAAAUACAGCCGAGGCAUUCAAGUGCUUAAUGUGCGACGUAAGAAAAGUAUACUCGGUUCCAGGCACUUCCACCCGCAAACCUCGCCUGAACUCGGCACUUGUGGCACAGCAAGCGGCGACACAGGCCUUCCCCGGUGCCUCCGGUGCUCCACCUCAAAAUUCCAAGUCACCGGGCAAUAAAACAUCACGCAACAAGAACAAACGUUCUAAGUAUCCUGCAAGAUUAAAAAACAUCGAUCGAUCCAGCGGGCAAACACGAGAAGUUACAGUCAAUUCGGUUACGGUAGUUAUCACCGAAUACAAACCCAAAUCUACCGUCAGCAGACAUGAUUCAAGUGAAAGUUAUAGUGAAAGUAACGACUCUAGAAGUUAGAUUAAUUCAAAAUUGUAGAUUUCUAUUUCAUCAAAAAUAAUUUAUUUCAAGUACCUAUUUUAAUCGGAACUAAAAACUAAGCAAUCCGAUAUGCUUCAAAAGAGAACAUUGUGAAUAUGUAAUAGCUUUUGACUGUUCAUUGCGUUUGCAUUUAAUUUAUUUCUUAUAACUUUUCUAACUUUUUAUUCUUUAUAUUCUCAAUGCAUUAUUUCGUACCUUUAAAAGUAUAUGUUCUCUUCCAAUACAUCGUAUAGGUAUUGUGAGUUAGAUAAAUAACGGGACUGACUUGGAUGUGAAUUUAAUAUUAUUCCAAUUUUGGAAAUAUUCUGAAUCCUUGUUUUCUUAUCAAUUUCUUGACGUUAGCUUUUAAUUAUAAUGUAAAUUCAGGUUGAAUUUUAUUUUAAAAUUUUGUAUUAUGAUGACUUAUUAGCUUAAGAAUGCGAUGAUUCAAUUGCAAGAUUAAAAAACAUCGAUCGAUCCAGCGGGCAAACACGAGAAGUUACAGUCAAUUCGGUUACGGUAGUUAUCACCGAAUACAAACCCAAAUCUACCGUCAGCAGACAUGAUUCAAGUGAAAGUUAUAGUGAAAGUAACGACUCUAGAAGUUAGAUUAAUUCAAAAUUGUAGAUUUCUAUUUCAUCAAAAAUAAUUUAUUUCAAGUACCUAUUUUAAUCGGAACUAAAAACUAAGCAAUCCGAUAUGCUUCAAAAGAGAACAUUGUGAAUAUGUAAUAGCUUUUGACUGUUCAUUGCGUUUGCAUUUAAUUUAUUUCUUAUAACUUUUCUAACUUUUUAUUCUUUAUAUUCUCAAUGCAUUAUUUCGUACCUUUAAAAGUAUAUGUUCUCUUCCAAUACAUCGUAUAGGUAUUGUGAGUUAGAUAAAUAACGGGACUGACUUGGAUGUGAAUUUAAUAUUAUUCCAAUUUUGGAAAUAUUCUGAAUCCUUGUUUUCUUAUCAAUUUCUUGACGUUAGCUUUUAAUUAUAAUGUAAAUUCAGGUUGAAUUUUAUUUUAAAAUUUUGUAUUAUGAUGACUUAUUAGCUUAAGAAUGCGAUGAUUCAAUUGCAUAUGUAAGGAGGUUUGAAACUGCCACAUACUUCAACAAACUUGUCACGAAAACCACGUAAACCAGCAAUUUAUAUGAAAUAUGAAAACUACAAAAUAAAAAACGACUUCCACAGCCGAUUGUUAUUUUUGUAUUGUACACUGUCGAAUACAGUAGAUUGCAUUUAUUGUAUUACAUCAAAACCGAGGGGCACAAGCUCAUUUAUCGUAUAAAAAGACGACGCGCUGAUAUUGUGGAAGCCAGAUUUUACAACAAAGUCUGAUUUAUCCGUCAACAGUAUGUGUGGAUCUAGAAUACUUAUGAGUUUGAUGAUUUUAAAAACAAAGUCUAGCCAUGGAAUCAAAAUAAACGAAUAAAUAUGUGAAA